AUGAGGGAAUUCGCAGCUGGUCGGAAUGUCACUCUAGUACUCGACAAUGCACCUUACCAUACGAGGGUACUAGAGAGGUUGUGUUCAUUAGGUUCCGACCAGGAGCUCCACGAGGCAGGAAAUCAUGGACUACCUCGCUCACAUGGCAUCGAAGUGGCCCUUGACAGUACAAGAGCUUCUCUUUUAGAUGAGCUGGACCUCUUCGUUGCCAGUCGAGGGGAGUCUCAGCCCUGCGCUCGUAUGCAGCCGAGAGAAUAUGUGAGGAGAUGGGAUGGAGCUGUGCUGGAGUUACCUCAAGCACCGACUCAACAAGUUGGGAAACCCACAGAUAGGCUGGAAACAGUGAGGAAUAGGGCUGUUGAAAUAUUGGGAAGCAUACCGAGGAGCCUCUGUGAGGGAUGGUGCUGGGAUGCAAUUAAGGAGGAGGAUUCUGCACGAAUGAAAGAGGCAUUGGAUGCCAAUAAUAACAUUAUUAACAGUGACGAGAUACUCUCUCCACCAGGAAUUCAUCUGAUAGGGAAACCACAGAAAGCAAGACACAGAAGACAGCAAGACGGCUUACACAAAACAGUGUUUGUUAGUGACAGAAAAACUGCAGCGAAAAUGAAAAGGGGCAUUGACGUUCGGGACCUAGCCAGCCACAUGAUCGGGCCGUGGGCCUACAAAACCGAAAUUCAUGAGAGCACGAGACUUCAAAAAGCAAUAAGUGGGCUCCGUGACCUUUUGGACAAGGAUGACCAAGCGCGUGAUUUCGUUGUUCUGGUGAGAAUGCUUGCUCACCUCGUGCAUGAAAAGAAACUCAGCACCAAGGACGCAUCAUCGAGACUCCGAAGUGCCAUGAAGAAACUAGGCAGGAAAACCUGUAACAUCCUGGUCAAGAAAUAUACUUUUCUCGAGAAAAUAUUACGAGGCGAGCCUUGUUCGAUAUCUGCUGAGAAAGAAGCGCUAUCAAAACAAAAGAGCGUUAAGAAAGCCAAAAAAGACGGGAGCAUCAAGCCGAAGAUUUCUGCUCGGCAGAAACCUCGCAGAACUUUUUCGAAAGUUUCUGCUCGGCAAAAACCUGGCAAAACCUCUUCGAAAGUUUCCGCUCGGCAAAAACCUGGGAAAACUUCGAAUUCAACAGAAACCUCGAAAGGCAUCCUGUUCUCUAGAAUCAAGAGUGAGACUAGUACAAGCAAAAAGGAUGAGACUCAUGCAGAAAAGGAUAAAAGCGACAGUGGCACAGAUAUAGAACGUCUAACUUAUGAUGAGACGACAUCAACAGAGGAGUCCGAAAGGGAAAGAAAAUAUAGCGAAAGGAAUGGUGGUGCUAAGGACAAGGACACCGACACUGACGGGAAGCAGCGGAUCAUGCCAGGAUAUUCACAAUUGCUCAAGAUCGCUGGAAGCGGAUUCCCCUCCGCAUCAUCGCUUGAGACCGAUCCCAACACUGUCGAU